UGCCUAUGGCGAUCGGAAAACCUCGCGGUAACAAGAGACCAUCCGGCGGUUCCUGUUCAUCCACCGUCACUACGCUGCUGCUUGUCAUGGUUUGUGUUUUCGGCAUCUGGAUGCUAACCUCCAACUCUAUAACUUCUCCAUCAAAUACCCCCUAUGAUGAUUCGUCGUAUUUAAAAUCGAAUCGAAAAAUCCCCAUUGAUACUACUCAAGAUAAACAUGUGGAUUCGACUAAUGUUACAAGUGUUUAUGAAGAUAAACAUAGUGAUCUGCGUAUAGAUGUUGCACCACAUGAUAAUGAAGUGACAACAAAAGAUGAUCAGGAAACCGGACAGAAUUAUAAUAAUAAGCUAGAUGACGAUCGGGAUUGGUUAGCGGAAAUCGAAGCAGAACCUAAACAAGAAGGCGCAAACAAUGUUGUUGAUGAUGAUGAUGCGGAAAGCUUGAAUGACAGUGAUGCCGGGAAACAAGAGGCUGAAGAACACCAAGAGGAACAAGAAAUCGAAAUCUCAACUUCGGAUAUUGAAGAUAACUCGGAUGGAUCGAAAGAAAAAACAUCGACAGACGAUGAACGUAAACAUAAACAUAAAACACAAAAGAACGAAGUAACCGAUGACCAACAAAGUGAUGCCAUAAAUCAAGAGGAUGACAUCCGCGAUUUGGAAGAUACAACCGACCAAGAACAAAAGAAAGGGACAGAUAAUCAAGAUGAACAGGAACAGGAAGAUGACGGGCCGAUAGAAUCGCAUUCUAUAGCAGCCGAGACACAAGCGCAUGUCGAAAAUCAAGAAGCAAGAGAUGUUAGAAACAAAAUGGAGCAAGCAAAGGUAGAACUUAUUGGGGCCAAUGCCACUAUACCUAUGAAAGCAGGGGACUCAAGUGUGGCUAAAGGUGAUGUUAACGGUUAUAUUGACAGUUACAAAUGGGGAUUAUGUAAUGUGACAGCUGGGACAGAGUAUAUGCCAUGUUUGGAUGAUGGGAUAAAGAGACAAUGUCCAAAUGAGCCUCCUGUUUGUCUAGUCCCUCUUCCAGAUGAUUAUAAGACACCUGUUUCAUGGCCUCAAAGUAGAGAUAAAAUAUGGCUCCAUAAUAUGCCAAACAAGGCCUUAUCAGAAUUUAAAGGUAACCAAAACUGGAUAAAGGUGACAGGGGAAUUCAUAACAUUCCUAAAAGGUGCUCUUCAUUAUAGCGACUUUUUACAGGAGGUGGUGCCCGAUAUCGCGUGGGGGAGGCACACACGAGUGGUUCUUGAUAUAGGGUGUGGUGUAGCGAAUUUUGGAGGGUACCUCUUUGAUAAAGAAGUUUUAACAAUGUCGUUCGCACCUAAAGACGAUCAAGAGUCUCAAAUCCAAUUCGCAUUAGAAAGAGGCAUACCUGCGAUCUCUGCUGUCAUGGGAACUCAACGCCUUCCGUUUCCAAGUAGGGUGUUUGAUCUUGUUCAUUGUGUUCGAUGUAAAGUACCUUGGCAUAAGGAUGGCGGCAUCCUUCUUUUGGAGGUUAAUCGCAUGCUUCGUCCUGGAGGCUAUUUCAUUUGGUCAGCAACACCUGUUUACGGAACACUCGAAGAAGAUGUCCAAGCAUGGAAAGAGAUGUCUGCUCUAACGGUGGCAAUGUGUUGGGAGCUUGUGAGCAUCAAGAAGGACAAGCCGAACAUGAUGGGUGUUGCGAUCUACCACAAACCAGAUUCGAAUGAAUGUUACAAUGUAGUAAAGAGACACCAACCUCCCAUGUGUAGACCUGACGACGAUCCUAAUUUUGCUUGGUACGUGCCUUUACAAACAUGUAUCCAUAUGAUGCCAAUGGGGGAGAUGGAAAGAGGUUCACAUUGGCCCGAAGAAUGGCCACUCCGGGUUCAAAAACCUCCCUACUGGUUAAACCAAACCCAAACGGGAAUCUACGGGAAACCUGCUCCACUUGACUUUACACAAGAUUAUGAACAUUGGACACGAGUGAUCACCAAGACUUACAUGAAUAACUUAGGGAUUGACUGGUCGAAUGUCCGGAAUGUUAUGGACAUGAGAGCUGUCUAUGGUGGGUUCGCUGCAGCACUAAAGGAUGUAAACCUAUGGGUGUUAAACGUAGUGAAUGUUGAUUCGCCACACGAUACACUACCAACGAUCUUCGAACGGGGUCUCAUUGGAAUCUACCACGACUGGUGCGAGUCGUUUAGCACAUACCCUCGAACAUACGACCUUCUCCACGCAGACCAUUUGUUUUCAAAGGUGAAAGAGCGGUGCAGGAUUAAAGGCUUAAUGGCAGAAACCGACAGGAUUUUAAGACCAGGAGGAAUCCUAAUUGCUCGAGACGAACCACACAUGAUUUCAGAAUUGGACAAACUUUUGAGGUCCUUAAAUUGGGAGUUUAAUAUCACACUUAUAAACAAGCAGGAAGCAAUGAUCAGCGGUCGAAAAUCAUUGUGGCGACCAAACACAUAUACAGAAUGA